AUGCCUUCUUUCACCUCAUCAAAGUUCCUUCUCCUCGGCGCGGCCGUUCUUGGGCUCGCAAAUGCCAGUGCGCUGCCCGCCAACAUCUUUGGUAGACAGGCGGCUACUCCGGAUGGAAGCUGUGGUGCCAGCAAUGGUGGUUACAAGUGUCCUACCGAUUCCUACAAGUGCUGUUCGCAGUAUGGAUGGUGCGGUGAUACCGAUGAAUACUGUGGAACUGGUUGCCAGAGUGGCUAUGGAACCUGCAGUGGAGGGUCUACUACCCCCACUACCUCCGCAGGUGGUUCUACUCCUACCGACACACCAAGCACAGGCGGCCGCUCAAAACCCGGAAGCGUUCCAUAUGGUUCCUUCAUCUACAGCUGCAACACACCCAACACAGUAGCCCUCACCUUUGACGACGGUCCAUUCAUCUACACCUCAAGACUCCUCGACAUCCUCUCAAGCAACGGCGUAAAGGCGACCUUCUUUGUCAACGGCCAAAACUGGGGUGAACCAAUUACGACUGCUACUAACCAGGCUAUCCUUGCGAGAAUGAAUAACGAGGGUCACCAGAUUGGAUCCCACACCUGGUCCCACCCGUACUUGUCUUCGCUCUCUGAUGCCGAUGUUACCAGCCAGAUGACCAUGGUUGAGAGUGCGGUCAGCAGUGCGAUUGGGAAAUAUCCGACUUACAUGCGCCCUCCUUACUUUGAUUGCGGUAGUGCCUGCUUGAACGUGAUGAACAACUUAGGUUAUCACGUCAUCCAUGCCAACGUUGAUCCUCAAGACUAUGCCCACACCGCCGACAUCCAGACAGCCUACAACUCCUAUGCUGGCGCCAUCCAGGCCGGUGGCAGUUACAUCGUAUUGAACCACGAUGUACACCAGACCACUGUCGAGAGCUUGGUGCAGAACGAGAUUGAUAAUGCAAAGUCCAAGGGAUUAACUUUUGCGACUGUUGGAGAGUGCCUUGGCGACCCUGCCGCGAACUGGUACAGAAACUAA